GCGGUGUGCUUGCAGGUGUACUCGGUGUGUCUGCGGGGCCUCCUGCUCGGCAAGGCGCGGUACAGCCAGCUCCGCCGGUGGGACGCGCGGGGAGGAUAUGCCUGGUCCCCUCAGUGAUGGGCUGUUAGAAAGGCAGAGCUUCUGCUUGCGUGGCACUCGUGUCUGCAGGGUGAAAUCCAGCAACAAAUGAGAGGCAAAUCUAAAGAAAGCCAAGAGAUGUGACGGAAGGGUACGGAGAAAGACAGUAUGAGCAGUUACAUGCAACCCUAACAGUCUCCUUUUAAUGGAAGUCCACUAUAUCCUUGAAUGGAAUUCAUGAUCAUGGUAUGUCUCUGUAUUAGGCACCCAUGGAAUAAGGAUACAUUUAAGAUCCAAACCCAGAGAGCCUUUUUGGAUGUUUCCCUUGCUGAUGACAGCAAUAAUAGACUUGAGAUCCAGACACUGGACACUGCAGAAAGAAUAUUAGAGGUUACAUUGUUCAAGAUGGGGCUAUCAAGAGAAUUAAUGAAGUAUUUUAGCUUAUUUUUCUUUCAAGAUCAUGACAAUAGAGUGCUCUCUGUGAUGAAAAAAGUGGCAGAAUUUGAACUUCCUUAUGUGAGUUUUCAGAGCAUGAAGGAGUUGUACUGUAAGCUUGGGAUCAGAAAAUGGUAUAUGGAUUCUUCUCUUGACACAAUGCUGAUGGAUUGUACAGCUUCACUGAAUUUGCUAUAUAUGCAGAGUGCUACAAAGGAUGGUGAAGAAGACACUCUGGAGCUUAGAUUUGAGUACAAUGACUCGGGCACAUGGCAGUGGAGAAUUUUGUACACAAAACAGGCCUUUUUGCUCAGUAGCUGCUUGAAGAAAAUGGUAUCAGAGCAGAUGAUAAAGGCAGCCAAAGAAAGCCAAGAAACAGAGAUGAAGAUGCCUGAAUGCAUGAUAAAUAGUAAGAAAUCCAGCAUCCAACAAAAGCAGGUAGUUCAUUCAGGUUUUAUAUCAAGGAAAAGAUUGUUGGUUAGGCCAAAUGAAGAUGACUGUGUAUUUGAGAAAAUAGGAGAAGAGGACCUGUAAUAAUUUAUUUUGGAUAUUUUCUUUCAAAAUUAAUUGUCUGGGAAUAAUAAAGCUGUAGUUGAAACUUUG